AUGAAUGGAACUAGGUUGCAGAUUACACAGCUAGCAGAUUUUAUGAUUGAAGCAAAGGUCAUAACUGGAGAGAAGACAGGAGAGAUAGUUCUUAUACCAAGGCUUUUAAUAACACCAUCGGAUGAUAAACUCCCGUUCAAAAUGAGGAGAAGACAGUUGCCACUUGCCGUUGCUUUUGCCAUAACCAUAAACAAGAGCCAAGGCCAAUCUCUGUCCGAAGUUGGUAUUUAUUUACCAAGACCUGUAUUCUUUCAUGGUCAGCUUUAUGUAGCAAUCUCUAGGGUGACAUCAAAGAAAGGUUUGAAGAUUUUGAUUGUUGACAAGGAUGGGAAGCCCAAGAAGAAGACAAUGAAUGUAGUUUCCAAAGAGGUUUUUUAG